UUGGGGGGUUGAAGCCAAGUCACUGUCCCUGGUCGCUUCUUUCUGCACAUUAGUGAUCACAUAUUACCCCAAGCUGCAACAUCCACCACACUGCAGUUUCCACCACCAUGGCCAUUACCGACUUCCUAGCUGCCUCGGACAUCACUUCAGCUAUUAAAGCUUGUAAAGGUGAGGAGAUGGCUGAUCUGAGACUGUGGAUUAAUCUUCAUCACUGCUUUUUAAAAUAACUUUUGACACAGUAUUUAAGACCUUUAACUGCAAGACUUCUUUACCUGUAAUCAGUCAUUUCUCUUACAGAGAAGGAUUCCUUCAGUCCGAAGACGUUUUUCAAAACAGUGGGUUUAUCUAGAAAAACCCCAACAGAGAUCGAGCGAGUCUUUAAGAUUUUGGACCAGGACAAAAGUGGCUUCAUAGAACAGGAUGAGCUACAGUUGAGUUCUAAACAGCAACUGUCUUAUUAAACAUGUGCUGUACUGCUACGGUUUAAAUUUAACAUGCAUCACAUUUUAUAAGUUUACCUGUUCUGCUAACUCUUCUUUGUCCUGUCUGUGGGCUGUUUUGUCUCAAAGUCUUGUCUCAUACCUACUCUGUUUCAGGCUGUUCCUGCAGAACUUUUCCAAAGGAGCGAGGCCCCUGACAGCAGCAGAGACCAGAGCGUUCCUGUCAGAGGGAGACUCGGAUGGAGAUGGGAAGAUCGGCUGGGAAGGUGAGCUGGUCUGAGCAGUAUGUAGCCUGUUGAUAGUAAACAGAGAUCCCGUAGCUCUGUUUUGGUGAAUUUAUACAUUUUAUUUAGUAUUUUUAUUUUAUUUUGAAGACAUCAUUUCAAUAAGAUAGUCUUCAAGAGGCUAUAUGGAGUAAUUGCAAUGUGUAUGUCUGAAUGUAUGCUGAAUGUUAAAAAUGUUAAUCAGAAAACUCAGUCUACCUUUUAUUCACUAUGUGUGCCUUUUUUAAUGGAGUCCUUAUGUUUAACAAAUAGCAUUAAAAUUUUGAUUUAAAAACAUAAUUAUAAUUCAAAGAAAGAGAAUAGAUAAAAACAGACUAUGUAGAGUAGAAACAAAAAUUAAAAUUGACAUGAUUUUAACAGACACAGGUUUUUUAUCUUUAAUUUGUAGUGAUUUUUCAAUACAGUUCCAGCAACACACAUAUCUUGGCUGAUUUACAUGUGUGGGAAACCUCAUAUUUUAUUUGUCCAAUAUAACUGAUUUGUCCAUCACAUUUUUUAUUUACUGUAGUGGUCCAAUUUUUUUAUUUUGGUAAAAUGAAAAAAGUGCAGGUGCAAAACAAUUGAAGCUCUAUUAAUCAGAAUUGAUCAGCAAAUUUUUUCUACAAUAAAGCCCCUUUUUACAAUAUUUAAAUGUCUUUUAUUGGUGAAUCAAUAGAAGAAAGGUUCAUCGCAGCAUGUCUUUGUUUUAGUGUUGCCAUAGCCAUAGCAGCUUAAGUGAAGCUACAACACCAACCUCCUGCACUAUGUCACUGCCGGAGUUACACACUUGAGUCCGGCCAUGUUUGUAGUUUUUGUAGUUUAAUGUUACAGGAGAAAAGUUAAAACCAGAUGAAAUGUGAAGGUGGUGCUGUAGAAUAACCCAGCACUUAAAUUCUCUUUUAUCUUUCUCUUUUUUUUUUCAGAGUUUUCUGCACUGGUCAAAUCUUCAUAAACUGUGCUUUAUCCCUGUGAUUUGUUGUAUGGCGAUUUUCUCAAGAUGGACAUCAAUUCAUGAUGUGUAAUAUCUGUUUAUAGCCACAGUAAAGAGCAUGGGAAACGCCAGGAGUUUUAAUCAUGUUAUUAGAUAUGUUGUAGUUUGAAGGGAAUAAAUAAGUGGUUUAGUUUAAUUUUACCCCUCUGUCAUGUGUCACUGUCUGCCAAUAAAUAGCAUUACAAAUAU